GGAUGAUGAUUCUUGUGUCUAUGAUAUCUAAAUCAAUCAUCUCAACUGUGGUGCUUCUAGAAUUUGUCAACCCCUUAGCUGAAAGGGUAUAUACGUAAAUUCUGUUACCUCUUCUCCCUCCCUCUUUCCACCUUAUCUUCGCCGUAGCCAUAGCCAUAGCCACAACCACACUUUCUUUGUGUCUCCAAAGACACAGAGACACGUCACUCACAUUCAAUAAUACCAUCAUGUCUCUCUCUCUGCUUCGCGUCUCUUCUUUCUCUCACCCAAUUCAACUCUCCUUCCAAUCUCAUCUUCCUCCUCUCCAAUUAUCAAAUUGCCGUACUUCACGCUCCCUUUUCUGCCGCUAUAGACGCAGACAUUUGUCGUGUUCCGCUUCCAUUCGCCGUCGCCUCUUCAAAGUCUCUUCCUUUGGUGGAGCUGCUGAAUUUGACACUAACAGCGAGGACAACCAUGAUGAAGAAGACGAUGAACAACAUAUAAGGGCUAGGGCUAAUGAUGAGGAUGAAGUUGAAGUUGACGAAGAAGAUGAAGAAGAAGAAGAAGAAGGGUCUAUUAGCUCCUUUGUUUUCCCUGAAAGAUGGGAUGUCUUAGGUCUUGGACAAGCCAUGGUUGACUUCUCUGGCACAGUGGAUGACGAGUUCCUGAAGAAUUUGGGAUUAGAAAAGGGAACAAGAAAACUUGUAAAUCAUGAGGAAAGAGGUAGAGUUUUGCAGGCUAUGGAUGGGUGCAGCUAUAAAGCUGCGGCUGGUGGAUCUCUUUCCAAUACCCUAGUUGCCCUGGCAAGGCUUGGAAAUCGCUCCGCCCGAGCUCCUGCAAUAAAUGUGGCAAUGGCUGGCAGUGUGGCGAGCGAUCUAUUGGGUGGCUUCUACAGAGAAAAAUUAAGGCGAGCAAAUGUGCAAUUUCUUUCUGCGCCUAUCAAGGAUGCGACAACUGGAACGGUCAUAGUUCUCACAACUCCAGAUGCCCAGCGCACAAUGCUUGCAUAUCAGGGCACAUCUUCAACUGUUAACUUUGACGCUUCCUUGGCAAGUGCAGUUUCUAAGACCAACAUACUUGUUGUUGAAGGCUAUCUAUUUGAACUUCCCGAUACUAUUAAAGCAAUAACCAAAGCAUGUAAAGAAGCUAGGAGUAAUGGUGCCUUGGUUGCAGUAACAGCUUCAGAUGUCUCCUGCAUUGAGAGACAUUUUGAUCAUUUCUGGGAAAUUGUAGGCAACUAUGCGGAUUUAAUCUUCGCAAACGUUGAUGAGGCAAGAGCUCUUUGUAAUUUUGAUGCAAAAGAGAGCACUGUUUGUGUUACAAGGUAUCUAAGUCAGUUUGUCCCUCUAGUAUCUGUUACCGACGGUAUCAAAGGCUCAUACAUAGGUGUAAAAGGUGAAGCAGUAUACAUCCCUCCUUCUCCAUGUGUUCCAGUAGAUACUUGUGGUGCUGGUGAUGCAUAUGCAUCUGGCAUACUGUAUGGUGUUUUAAGAGGCAUGUCGGAUUUAAGAAGUAUAGGUACAAUAGCAGCUAAGGUUGCAGCCACUGUUGUUGCACAGCAAGGAACAAGGCUUAGAAUUUCAGAUGCAGUCAAAUUGGCUGAAUCUUUUGAAUUUCAACUUGAUAAGACCACGGUUCGAUCCGAUAUUGGUACUGAUCAUAUUUCCAGUGUCUAAUUAGAUUGCACUUCGCAUUGCGUUCCGAAAUUCUUUCAUAAAAUGUAUGUAUUCCUUCGAUAUGUUUAGGAGUCCUGUAAAUACUUUUUCAUUGUAAAAAAAUAGCUAUGCUGGCAAUUAAAUUACAUAGGCUUUUGUCCAGCCUUUAAUUAGCAAUGGACCUUUUAUUAUGUUAGGUACAUUGAUAUCUUCAUUUAAUUAGCAAUGGAGCUUUAUUUCAGAUUAUUUUUGGA